AGCGGUAGUUUCGGUAGCGCGUGCACAGUUUGUGAUCGAGCCUCUGGAGCUUGAGCCUCUGCGAGAGAGACAGACAAGAUUUUACACUGUCACACACGGAACCGAAGGACAAAAUCAAAUGUAUCUAAUCGAUGUGUGUUUCGGCAUCAAAAAUCAGAGUUUAACACUCGACGAUAGCGGCCAGGAAUUUUUGGACUGUUGAAGAAUCCGUAAUUGCAUUGCAUCACCUUUCAUUCAACUUGCACACACAGUGGAACCCUGAAGCCCUCUCCAACAGGACUAGGAGGAGGAACCAGAGUGACGGGAAAAGUACAAAAAUAAGAAGGAUCAUAAAGGACAUGCACAGAAUGGUGCUGUGGAGGGUAGAGCUGAAGUGUUCUGCACUGGAAUGACCUCCCACACACUCUCACAUGGUUUCUAUGGGAAUUUCAGCAUAGCCGCACUCUGCUGGCUGGGAGGAGGUGUAUUUCUGUGGCAUCUGAUCACUCUGCUUUGGUAGGCCAGUAUUAUUUAGUCGCCUCACUGCCUUUGGUCAGAAUGCCAGCAAAAGGGAAGUACUUGCUGAACGAGCAGAAGUUGAAACAGGAAGCAUUGUACAGGAAAUUUUCUGGCAUUAGCCAAUACCAGCCGUUCGUUCUGUUGCUGGGACUGAGCAUGCUCACCUGUGCCACACUGCUAGUGCUCUUCUUCAGCCUGAAACUGGAUGCACAUGGCCACGGUGUAUUUGUGGGAGUUGUGGGAGGAGCGUUGUGUUUGUUCCUGGCUGUGUUUAUAUUAGUGUGUACAGAGACCCUCUCUCAGAGAUGGAGAACUUUGCUUGGCCUCUCCGUGUGGGCCACACACCUCACAAUGGGCUUUGCCUUUAUUUUUGGCAUUGGAAAAAUACAACCAUGGGACCAGGUGCCCUUCUUCCUCUUCAUCAUCAUUACAGUCUACACCAUGCUGCCAUUCCAGAUGAGCUAUGCUGUAAUCCUGAGUAUCAUCUCCUUUCUGUCUCACAUCAUUGUUCUUUCGGUGCACCUCACAGUCUCCAAAACCCACCCCAGACACCUCAUCACCAAUCAGUUGCUGUCAAAUGCUGUGGUGUUUGUUUGUGGAACUAUAGUCGGGGUUUUUCAUAAGGUUCUGAUGGAGAAAGCUCUCAGGCAGACAUUUCAGGAUACUCUUCGCUGCCUCGGCAUUCGUAUGAAACUGGAGAUUGAGAAGAGACAACAGGAAAACCUUUUACUGUCAGUCCUUCCUGUGUACAUCUCCAUGAAGAUGAAGUUGGCCAUAAUGGAACGCUGCAAGUGUAAAGAUAAAGAGGAGCAGCAGCGUAUGGUCCAGGACAACAACUUCCACAGUCUCUACGUGAAGAGACACGAGAAUGUCAGCGUCCUGUAUGCUGACAUCGUGGGUUUCACGCGUCUGGCCAGUGACUGUUCUCCUAAAGAGCUUGUGAUCAUGCUGAAUGAACUUUUUGGGAAAUUUGACCAGAUUGCAAAAGAGAAUGAGUGCAUGCGAAUAAAAAUUCUAGGUGACUGUUAUUACUGUGUGUCUGGCCUCCCCGUUUCCCUGCCAAAUCAUGCCAAAAACUGUGUUAAAAUGGGCCUUGACAUGUGCGAAGCCAUCAAGCAGGUGCGUGAGGCAACAGGUGUAGAUAUUAACAUGCGAGUAGGUGUGCAUUCCGGAAACGUCCUCUGUGGUGUGAUUGGCUUACGGAAGUGGCAGUUUGAUGUGUGGUCACAUGAUGUCACCUUAGCCAAUCAUAUGGAGUCAGGUGGAUUACCAGGACGAGUUCACAUCACAGAGGCGACUCUGAAGCACUUGAACAAAGCGUAUGAGGUGGAGGAGGGGAAUGGUCACCUGAGAGACCCCUACCUUAAAGAGCUCAACAUCAAGACUUAUUUGGUCAUAGACCCACGGUCAAAAGAUCCAUCACUGAUGGCCCCCAGUGUCACUAAGCCUCGUGUGAAUGACGGUUUGAAGAUGCGAGCAUCUGUGCGAAUGACACGCUUCCUGGAGUCAUGGGGGGCCGUCAAACCGUUUGCCCAUCUGCAGAGCCGAGAGGAAUUCUGCACAGAUGCUAUGGUCAAUGGAAAGGGUCGCUGCAAGGACAUCCCUCUUAGAUCAGUACCGACCAAAAUUCCAGAGAGCUUUGAUGAGUCUCUUGAGGAGCCCUUCUCUUUACCUGCCCCUCCCUUGAGCACAUAUAAGAAUAAAUCACAGAAGACUAAGUUUGAUGAAGAGCUUCACGACAAGAUGACCACCACCAUCAAUGAUCUGAGCUCCAGCAAGCAUUGGAUGAAGUCUGAAGAGAUCUCCGGCCUCACGCUGUGGUUUACUAAACGAGACUUGGAAAAGCAGUACAGGACUAUAGAGAUGCCAGGCUUUAAAUAUUACAUCGUUUGUGCCACCUUCAUCUUUUUAUGCAUCUACAUCAUCCAGAUGUUUGUUACCAAGCAGCAUAAAGAGCUGUGCCUGGCGUUUGCGGUUUUGGGGUGUUUUCUGCUUUUGAUUCUAGGCAUCUGUUUUGCGGGUCAUAUGCAGAGGAAGUUUCCAGAGAAGUUGAAGUCAUGUACGUGGCUCUCGGCUCUCUCAGAAGCAGUGGUUAAGAGACCUUUUCUGCGCCUCCCAUUGGCAACUGUGGCCAUUGCAGUCAUAGUCAUCAUCGCCGUGUUCAGCUUGUAUUUAAAAAACCCGAAGAGUUUAUGUGACACUAAUGUGACUGAUUCUGAAAAAGAAGACCUUUCGUAUUUGCCUUACUUGGUAUAUAAUUGUAUAUUGGCGUUGAUCGCCUGUGGCGUGUUUUUGAGGGUGAGUUUGGAGCUGAAGGUGGCCUUCCUCUUCAUCGUCUCUACUAUUUGCUACAUCAUCAUCUUCUACUCCCAGGAAAACCUCUUCAGCAGCUAUAGCUCCCUGCUCUACGGCAACAACACCUGUAGUAAGGAUGACAAACUGAUACUGUCCAGAGCAGGACUUAUGAAGCACCCACAACUCAUGAGCUGCAUCUACAUCACACUCUUCCUCUUUACCAUGCUGCUCAUAUCCCGCCAGAAUGAGUACUAUUGUCGUCAAGACUUCCUGUUGAAGAACAAGAACCUGGCCGAUAAGGAAGAAGUCGAGCUGUGCGAAAACCUGAACCGUCUCCUUUUGGAGAAUGUUCUCCCUGCGCACGUGGCCGCUCUCUUCGUGGGCGAGAACAAAAAGAAUGAGGACCUGUACUAUAAGUCAUAUGACUGCGUAUGUGUGAUGUUUGCCUCGGUGCCAGACUUCAAAGAGUUCUACACUGAGUGUGACAUCAAUAAAGAAGGACUGGAGUGUUUGAGGCUCCUCAAUGAGAUCAUCGCCGACUUUGAUGAGUUGCUAUCUAAACCCAAGUUUAGUGGUGUGGAGAAGAUUAAAACCAUCGGCAGCACGUACAUGGCUGCUGCAGGACUGAGUGGACCUCCAGAGCAGAGCAGCCAGGACCGUGAGAGGCAGAAUGCACAGAUAGGAAACAUGGUGGAGUUUGCCAUCGCUCUGAUCGGCAAGCUGGACGGCAUCAACAGACACUCCUUCAACACAUUCAGGCUUCGUGUCGGUAUCAACCAUGGCCCAGUGAUUGCUGGGGUGAUUGGAGCCAGGAAACCACAGUAUGAUAUCUGGGGAAACACUGUGAAUGUGGCCAGUCGGAUGGAAAGCACUGGAGAGCUGGGUAAAAUACAGGUGACAGAGGAGACGUCAGAUGUCCUGCAGAAACUGGGCUACUUAUGCGACUGUCGUGGCCUGAUCAAUGUGAAGGGCAAAGGAGAGCUGAAAACCUUUUUUGUGUGCACAGAUUCCAGCAAACAGCAGGGCAUCGGUCUGAGCUGAGACCGAAUCCUCUGCCGCUGACAGCUUCACACACUCACACACACGCACACAGACUCCGGACCUAUAUGUGAUCUUUGUUUUCUUUCAAGAAUGUUUUAUUGCUACUGGAUGUUUCUUUAGAGCAUGUCUAAAGAACUGCACAUUCUUUCUGAUUUUGACAUGUUAGAGUUUGUUUUGGCAGCAUUUGGAGACCCAAAUCUCUCAGAUAUGCAGCAACGUAUACAUACACACAUCUCACAUGAUCCUCUUAUGGGACACAGACCACAGACAGUAGGUAUCGGAGUUCGCAGAAAAAAAAAAUACUGGUUCUCAGUAUUGCUCUCAGACUUUCUGGGUACUGCUGUCAUAGUGGCCUUGAUCCGGUUGGAUUUAGACUGAUUUGGGAUGACUGAGCUGGUCAGAAGAAGGAACAUCUGACCCACACAAACCCUUCACAGAUGAGCAGAUGUGAAAAUAUCUAGAAUUUCUUUAGUCAUUUGAAAGAAUAUGUCCUUUAUUAUCAACCUUUCUGUAAACUUGUGGACCAACAAAGUGGUGGAUGCCUAUUCUUGCUUGAAUCUACAUACUGUGGAUGCUUUUUUUGUUUUUCUUUAAAAACAACUGCCAAGUGUUUUGAAUGCCAAAUUUUGACAUGCAGUGUUGAUUUGCUGUUGCCUUUGAGUUGAGAUUGUGGAUGUUGGAGAUGGGCCUUCCUUAGCUUCAUAAUAUGCUACAGAUUAAAACUAUUAAGGAAUGUUUACAUAUACAGGGGAAAAAAUGUAAAUUACUGAAAUUCAGUGAUCUUAAAGUGAAAAUGUACUUUCAUUGAUUUCCCAUCAUUUUUCUCAGAUCUUGACCAAAUAGCUCUGUGGCUUCUCUCAUCUGAAGUUGUAAAUUCACAAUGUACUGGAUGGAUGUACUCGUGCAUCUUAGCGCACAUCGCAGUAAAUUGAUUUGCUCAAAAGGUC